AUGAUGCACCCGAGCGACGCGUCGUCCUCCGCGUCGUCGCGGUUCUCCCCCGUGGACGCUCUGACGCGCCUUCAAUCUCUCCAAGGGCUCUGCGCGAGGCUCGAUCUCGACGCGCUCCUCUUCGUCGGCGGCGUCGACGGGCGCGACAACCUCGGCGCGACGCGCGCGAUCAACUUUCUCCUCGGCGGCGUCUCCGGGUUCGAUCUCCUCGAGCGCGAGAAGCUCGUCGUGGACUGGGGCGAGGACGUCGUUUUGCUCGUGCGAAGGGACGGCGUUGAGAUCCACCUGUCUGAACGCGCGUACGACGCCGCGCUGCCGCUCAUCGCGUGCUGGGGGGACGUCGUCGUGCACACGCUGCCUCCGCGCGCGCUGGCGGAGGAAGGCGGCGCGGAAGAGGGCGGCGGCACGAUGGCGAUGGCGAUGGCGAUGGCGACGGCGACGGCGGCGGCGGAGGAGGAGGAGGAGGAGGACGGCGACGACGACUCGGAAGACGACGACGACGCUUCAGACGACGCCUCCGAGUCUGACGACGACGACGACGACGCGGCGCAGGACUUCAAGCUGUCCGCGCUCGUCGCGAUGCUCACCGGGGUCGAAUCCGUCGGCGUCGCGCUCACCCCCGGGUCGAAACACGUCCCACCGGUCAUGGAGACGGAGACGUGGCCGCUACUCCAAGCGUACGGCCUCGAAGGCGUCGGACGCUCGGGCUUCUUCACGAUCAACACGCGAGUCGUGGACGUCUUCUCGGAACUGCACGCGGGGGUGUUCGCGCAGCUCGACAGCGCGGCGCUUCGACGCGAGGCGACGGAUAAGGUUCCGUCGCUGCGGAUGCACUGGUCGGCGCUCGUGCGCGGGUUGGACGACGCGUCCACGAGCGAGCAGCGCGCGGGACGGAGCGAACGCGUCGUCGCGGAGCCGCUGACGGAGUUUUUUUCGUACGGAAAUUUAAGACGGCCGAUCGGUUGCCGCGCGUUCGAGGACUCGCAGCUCCCGCGGCUGAGCUUCGGGGUUCGGACGGACGCGGAGGUCGUGGACGCCGCGGAGGAGGGCGACGGGAGGGUGAGCGACGUCGUCGCGCGAGACGCGGGGCGAGGCGGGCCGGCGGGCGGCGAAGGCGAAGGCGAAGGCGAAGGCGAAGGCGAAGGCGAAGGCGGGGCGAAACACUUCGUCGUCGAGGCGUGCCACCCGAAGAGCCCCGGGUUGCGGUGCGCGCGGACGUAUUUCCUCGCGAGCGACGCCGUGCGUCUCGCCGCGAGACGCGGGUUCGUCCCUUCCGCGUCGCUCGAUCGCGUCGAGAGGAGCGACGAGAAGAAGGAGGGAGGCUGCGAUCGGGACGACGACGACGACGGCGACGACGCGGACAGGACGAACGCCGACGCCGACGACGCCGACGCGACGGAGGCGAGGGAGAAGCGAGAAGAGGCGGCCGCCGCGGCGAGACGCGACGCGAUCGACGCGCGCGCGCUGUACGCCGCCUACGCCGGGUGCGUCGCGGUGUCGCGGCACGUCAUGGACGCGUGCGCGAACCGUUGGGCGGCGCCCAACGGCGACGGGCCGGAGACGUGGGCGAACUCGAACUCGAACUCGAAUUCGAACGCCGCCGCCGCCGCCGCCGCCGCGUCGCCGCCGUACGACCGCGCGCGCAUUGAAACCGCGUUCACGACCGCCGUGUCCGCCGCCGUGGACGACGACGAAGACGUAUUAGAAGAGAUGCGCGACGUCGCGUCGUACCUCUCCCUCCGCGCGCGCGACGUGCGCGUAGAGUUGACGUCGCGCGCGCCCUCGAACGAGCCGCCGUCGCGCGCCAUCGCCGCCGACGGCGCGCUUCGACCCGCGCUUGCGCUCGCCGCGUGCCGCGUGUCCCUCCGUGGCGUCCGCGGGCUGGGCGCGGUCGUCGUCGAGGACACGUUCGUCGCGCCCUCGGGACCUGGACGCGGCGGCGGCGCGCUGGUGCUCACCGAAAGCGUCCCGUUGACGCGCGCGUGGCCGGGCGAGGGCGCGGAGGCGGAGGCGGUGGAGGGGACGCGCGACGCGAUGGAGAAGAUCGCGCGCGACGCGCUGACGCAGUUCAAGAGAGCGACGCGCGCGAAGAAGAGGGCGAGGCUGGAGGCGGAGGCGGCGAAGGCGAGGGCGGCGAAAGAGGCGGAGGAUGCGAAAGAGGCGAAAGAAGCGGUCGAGGACGAGGACGAGGGCGCGGUCGCGGCCGCCGCGGGCGUCGACGACCCGCCGGACGCCGCGGACGACGACGACGACGGCGUCUUCCUCGACUCGGAGCUCGACGUCACGGACGACGACGACGAUGACGCGGAGGACGAAGAAGACGAAACGACGACGACGCGGGAGGCUGCCGCUCUUCCGGGACGCGACGACCGCGCGGACCCGAGCGACGAUGUCGAGCCGCUCGGUCCGGUGUCGUCGCGGUUCGUCCUCCCGGACGCGCUCGCGCCCGGGCCCGACCUUCUCACGCCGAGACCGAUCGACGUCGUCGCGUUUCCGCUGCUGCUUCCCGAGCGCGAGCGCGAGCGCGACGACGGCGGCCGCGGCCGCGGUCUCGAGGACAUAGAGGACCUCGAGGACCUCGAGCUCGCGCGCGUCGCGGUCCAGGGGACCACGGGCGUGGAGAUGACGGGGACUUGGCGCGCCUUCUCGAACGGCGCGACGUACGCGCCGCCGCGCGGCCCCCCCGCGCCGUUGAUUUUCGGCGAAAACGUCGCCGCCGUCGACGCGCACGGCGGCGUCGGCGACGGCGACGACAAAACCGACGCCACGGAGGCGCUCAUCGUGUUCACCUUCAAGGAGAAGGAGGGCGGAGGACGGCGGCGCGCGGAUCCUCCGCUGUGCAUCUCGCUCGCGCGCGCGCCGAUCAAGGCGCGGCGCGUCUUCCUUCGCGAGGUGGUUCCGAGGUGGAAGAAACACAUCGCGGAGUUUUCCCUCGACGUCGCGUUCAGGCCGUCGCUGCCGCGGUUCGAGCGCGCGCGGCUGACGCGCGAGGCGCGGCUCGCGAUCGACGCCGCGCGCGCGGACCAGGUUGGCGCGGCGCGCGUUCGACCGACGCGAAUGCGCGCGUCGUCGUUCGCGUCGGACGACGCCGUCGAACGCGCGGCGGCGCGCGACGUCGGCGGCGCGACGUUCGCGACCGACGACGACGGAAUCCCAACCGUCGCGCCGGCGCGAGGAGAGUCCCAAGCGUCACGCUCGCACCACCACGUGAUCGACGUCCCCGUGACGUUGCUCGUCGGCACGCUGGACGGCUGUCAGGACGAGGUGGCCGGCGCGCUCGAUCGCUUCGCGAGCGGUUCGGCGUCGUGGAUUCGAUGCGAGCCGCCCGUCGACGACGCCGGCGGCGGCGCGUGCGCGUUCGACGCCGCGCUCUGCGAGCGCGCGCUGUGGCGAGACGCGCUCCCGAAGUGCGCGCGCGCGGUCGCGUCGAGGCCGCCGAGGGUGGUGUUCAUCGCGCGGACGCGGCAGCCCGCCGCGGAGGUUGGCGCGGCGCUGCGAGACGCGUGCGCGGCGGCGACGGCGCGGACGGCGGCGCUGUCGGCGCCGCCGUUCGCGCGCUUCGUCCUCGGCGCGAUCACGACGUGCGUCGCCGCGGACGGGUUCUUCGUCGAGGCGGAGCGAAGGCCGAGCCCUUCGGCGCUGGCGCAGCUGUGCCCGCCCGCGGCGAACAACGUCGUCGUGUUGCCUCGCGGCGGACAUCGCUGCGGCGCCGCCGCCGCCGCCGACGCGUCCUCCGCGGGGCCGUCCAUCGCGGAGCUCACGCGCGACACCCUGGAGUGGGUCCGCGCCGCGGUCGCGGUCGCGGUCGCGAGGACGCGCGCCGACCCGGUGUCGGUGAUCGUCGGCCAGCGCGCGCUGAGAGACGGCGCGCUCGGGGUCACGGAGGGGACGAACCUGCUGCCGCCGCCGUCGCCACCGCCGCCGAAAGCCGCCGCCGCCGCCGCCGCCGCCGCGGGCGCGCGUCUUCUUCUUCCCCCCUCCCCGGAGUGGUCGACGCGUCUGGCGCGCGCGACCGCGUCCGCGUCCGCGCGCGAUCGCGCCGGGGCGCGACACGUCACCGCCGAGGGCGACGUCGACGUCGCGAAGCUUCUCCUCGCGCUGCGGCGUUUAUUCCGAGACGGCCGCCGACCGCCGCCGCUCUCCCCGUCGACGCUUGCGACGAUGACGCCGGACCAGAGAUCGAUUUACUCCCUGACGCGGUUCGCGAAUAAGGACGCGGACGCAUCGGUUGUUCUGGAGCACGUGCGCGUGCGCGCCGCCGUCCGCGAAGAAGAAGAAGACGACGACGCGGAGGGAGAGGGCGUUAACGACGCGGAAGGAACGCCGGGGGGGGGCUCCCCGGGGGCGCCGCCGCGGACGACGGUUAAGACGUAUUCGUUCAACUUCUCCUCCGCGGCGCCCUUCGCGGUCGGCGCCGCCGCGGUCGAAGCCAACAAAGUCGCGGUCGCCGCGUCUUCGGUGAGCGUUUUCGCGGUGGGGAAGCACGUCGCGGAUCAAACGCGGCUUGACCUCGCGUCCGUCCUUCGCGCGUGCGCGCGCGACGGUCCGCCGCUCGUGAAGAAAAAGACGCGACGCGACUGGACGCCGGCGGAUGAGGACGCGGUCGUCGAGCGGCUCGAGGUGGAGCAGCGAGAGCGCGGGCUCCCGCGCGGGUGGUACUACGACGGCGCGAAGUACGUGUCGCACGACGGCGAGUCGUCGACGCGACACCCGCGGUACGACGACGCGGUGGAGGAGCGGUUGACGGAGCUGAACGUCGCCGUCGACGCGGAAAACGUUUGGAGGGAAGACGCGAGACGACACGCGAAGGGCGUUCGCGUGACGCUGGACCGAGCGUUUCCGGCGUGA